AUGUUGGAUAAGGGCGAUGGUGGUGCAGCUGACCUUGCAAAGGCGCAUAGCAAGGCUCGGAAACGAGCUGUUCCACGUGAGUCAGUUGAGGGUGGGGAAGUGGCAGCAGAUCCUGCUGCAGAUGGAUCUGUUCCAGACAAACCCGACAAGCCGGAUGCAGACCACCAGAAGCAAGUGCUGGCUGAUUUGUGGGAGGAGAAGGACUGGAUCCACUUGACUGACUUUGUGAGCCAAGUUGGGGAGCGUGAUGGCAUGAGCUGGCAACGUGUGGGUGCCCUAGGCCAACCAGAUUGCUGCAAGAUUUUCUUUGCUGAUAUUACUUUGUGUGGUGCUUCGGGCCCACUGGGUCGUGACAUGUCUGGAGGUCGAUCUUUGACUAGCAGUGCUGCGUACACUCCGUCCUUUGCAGCAUGGGUCGUCCAACAAGUGCUCAAUGCAGCUGCGCUACGCCGAGCAAAGGCUUUGAGUUUGGCUCCUGCAGCUCCUGUGGCGCCGAAAUCUGCCCCAGCUGUGAAAAGGAAGAAGGAUAAGGAAACCCAUGAUGCUAAAGAUGGUCAAGAUGCUGCAGUGGUACCUGUGGCCACACCGUCCCGGGCAUUAGCUAUGUUUUGGUCAAAGUACAAGGUGCCAAAGGGUCAAACUGCUACGGUUCCUUCUAGUACCAUGGAUGCUAGUGACACCACUGGUGCUGCCAACUGUACGGAGCCUACUGGGGUGGAAGGUGAGCCUACGGUGCCGUCUAGUACCAUGGAUGCUAGUGACACCAACAAUGUUGAAACUGGGGCUGGUGCUGCCAACUGUACGGAGCCUACUGGGGUGGAAGGUGAGCCUACCAACACUGAGCAUGUUGAACCUCCAUCAAGUUCCAAGAUGACAAAAUUAGAAAGUUCAUCUUCGGUGGAUUCCAUGACCCUUGAAAGUGGAUGGCGAUAUGAUGAGAAGAUGAAAAAGAAAGAGGCCAAGACAACUUCUACUGGUUCUACGGUAGCCAUUCCAAGCCCUGUUGUGGAGACACCGACAGUUGAAACUAUGGGACCUAAGGAGGACACAUCUACACUGGGGGCUGCCACAGGUGUCCCUACGCCCCCCGAAACUGUGGAGACUGGAGUAACUGGAGAGCUCAAAUUUGAUGCUGGGGUAGCUGCUGAAUUUGCAAGGCUCCUCCAUGGAGACACGUUGAAAUCAAUUGAGGCCCAGGUGAUGCAGUUGGGUAAAGCUGAAGUUGAUACCACCGUUGAAGCCUAUCAAGGCCACCCUAGCAUGGAUGCCUUUGAAAGCUACAUGCAGACCCAGACUCCUGAGGGUGCAACCUGCAAGUUUGGGUGUGAGGACCCAGUGGACGAGAUGAUUGUGUUUCGGGUGUGGCUCCAAGCCAUGUUGAAUUGCAAACCGGUGGAACAAACUCCCCAAAGAGUUCCACAGAGACCCAGCCCGACUAGUGUCAUCAAACAAGUACUGACCCGUGCCACCACCGUCGACAUGACCCCCAAUGCAGCCGCGGCACCUCCUGCCACUCCGCCUCCUGCACCAGCUGGAGAAGCUCCGGAUGCUGCCUCACUCCAGCAGAAAGUUCUUCGUGCAAAGAAGGCCAAAUGGCACCGGUCUAUGAAAAGUGAAGGUCGGAACCAGGAAGGCUGGGAUGCUCUAUUCAACAUGUUUGUUGAAUGCGGUGAAAACUGGUUACAAUGCGAUUUGGUCACCCAAAACUCCGAUGUGCGAGAGCAUGACUUGGAUGAGAAAUACAAGGAUGAUGCAACCGUCAAGGACCUCAUCGAGAGGAAGACUGCUGCGCAGCAGUAUGAGUCCAACCCUGAUUUUCCCGACCGUGAGGAUCUGCGUCUCUAUUGGUGCUGGCAAUCUACCACUGAGACGGACCGUCAUGCCCACCUGAACCAAGUGGGAACCCAAAGUUCCGGUCGCAUAAGUGCUGCCCAAGCUCAGUCAAGUCCCAUCGUGGCAGCAGCCCCAACCGGACAUCUCCGAUCUGGGGCAGCUAUUGGGGAAUUGGGAGGCAAAGGUGCUGGUAAGGGAAAGGACCCCGCCGCAAAACCAAAACCGAAACCGAAGCCCAAGACGGCCCCCAAAGCCAAGACUCCACUUCAGGAAGCCACUGCGGCAAUGAAAUCUUCAGCAGAUGCAAUUCUGGAGUGCAAGUCAUGGCGUUCGAAACUCCAAGGGGCGGGGCCUGAGCAUAUGGUGGAUGCCAUGGUGAAGGACACUGGUGUGCAUUUGGCGACUAUUGAAGCCAAACGUUCCUCCUUGGAAACCUCCCUUGCUGAGGGCAAGCCUGAUGAAGAGAUUUUGGUGUCCACACAGGGACUUGUUCAGAGUGUAAAGGAUUACAAAGCUGCGGCAACCCAUGUGAAGAAGGUCAGUAGCAAACCCAAGGCUAAGAAGGCCGAAGCCAAGGAACCUGACCAGCAGCCUGGAGCUUGA